UUUGGCUUCUUCCCUAAUAAAAUCCUAAUUUCUUAUAUAUGGCCUAUAAUUCUGCUCAUGGAUGCAUAGCAGCCACUCUCUGCAUCUGUUGUAGGAGAAGUGCCAUGUGCUUGCAACACCAUCAAUUCUUCAAUUCUAUGCACAAAUGCCUAAUAUCAGCUGCAAGAAGUUUGCGCGAGACAGUGAAAUCAUCAUUAUUAUCUGAGAAUAUUGAUAAUAAGAAGGUCAACAGCAAUGUGUUUGACCCAAAACAAGAGGUUCAUGAAUUAGCUACUAUGGACUACACUCCUGCAGGGAAGAACCCUCCCAUUCAUAAUUAAAUAUUUAAUUUUCUUUUCUUCCCUUUUCCAUUUUUGGUAGAAGAUCGAAAAAUCACCGUCCUCGGUGAUAAAUUAAUUAAUUAUAAUAUGUACAAAAUGUAAAUAACUUUCAAUAUAUUAUCCUUUUGAA